GGAUCAUGUUUCUUGAGCUGACGAGUCUUCUGUCCUCCCCAGGUGAUGGUUCCAGCCGUCCACAUCCAGGCCACCGGGCGGAAAGGCUGCUGUGGGAACCGCUGCGGGAUGUUCCUUUCGAUCAUCUUCGCAGCCGUGGGGGCCUUGGGGGCCGUUUACGCCGUCGCCACCUCCUCUCUGGGCCUCGUUCACGGGCCCCUGUGUCAGUACCCCCUGGCCAACGGGACGCUGCAGUGGGGCCGCCCCUUUGAGAGCAGCUUGGAGGACUUCAGCGAGAAAAACUACCUCUUUGAUACCUCUUUGUGGGACGUCUGCCGGGACCCCCCCGGCGUCAUCCGCUUCAACAUCAUCCUCUUCUCCCUCAUCCUGGCCUCUGGCUUGGUGGAGUUUUGCCUCUGCGUCCUGCAGGUCCUCAACGGGCUCUUCGGCUGCGUCUGCGGGACCUGCAACGAGGAAGAAAAGGAAACCUACCACUGAUCCCUCGCUGGCUUCCUGCCCGUGUGGUUCCCCCACCGACCUCCCCCUCCGCGAUCCCGUGAUUAUUAUUGUUUUGCUGAGAUUC